AUGAGAUACUCUGAGGGUCAGACAACAACAAACAUCAAGCUGCUUCCAGAGAGUCACAGUAGUCCCAUCAAGGUUCCUCAGGUCACUGUAGUCACAAAGGUGUCUGGACAGACCUCCACUGUUCUACCUCAGGUUCAGCCAAAGAGUGUGAUCCCAGCCAGCCUCCUCCCCAGCCACAGCUCUGUCUCUCUCCCUAGGGAACAGCCAGCCAGCCUCCUCCUCAGCCACAGCCCUGUGUCUCUCCCUAGGGAGCAGCCAGCCAGCCUCCUCCUCAGCCACAGCCCUGUGUCUCUCCCUAGGGAGCAGCCAGCCAGCCUCCUCCUAAGCCACAGCCCUGUGUCUCUCCCUCAGGAGCAGCCAGCCAGCCAGAAACAGUCAUCCUGUCAGGCCUUCAGUCUCCUCAACCUCCAGAGAGCUACCGCUGUAGUCAGCCCUAAGAGCCACGCCCACAGUUUUAACCACACCCACAGCUCGAGCCACACCCUCACCCAGAGCCACACCCUCGGCCCGGCCCUGCCUACAGCCAACAGCACGUUCAGCCCAGAACGUCGCUCCAUAGGCCAGGGAGACACAGCCACCUUCACAACCUCCUCACCCCCUCCCCUGGCCCAGACCCUGGUCUCUCCCCUGGCCCAGACCCUGGUCUCCCCCCUGGCCCAGACCCUGGUCUCUCCCCUGGCCCAGACCCUGGUCUCUCCCCUGGCCCAGACCCAGUCUCUCUCCCCGGUCCAGACCCAGUCUCUCUCCCCGGCCCAGACCCAGUCUCUCUCCCCGGCCCAGACCCAGUCUCUCUCCCUGGCCCAGACCCAGUCUCUCUCCCCGGCCCAGACCCAGUCUCUCUCCCCAGCCCAGACCCAGUCUCUCUCCCCGGCCCAGACCCAGUCUCUCUCCCCAGCCCAGACCCAGUCUCUCUCCCUGGCCCAGACCCAGUCUCUCUCCCAGCCCAGACCCAGUCUCUCUCCCCGGCCCAGACCCAGUCUCUCUCCCCAGCCCAGACCCAGUCUCUCUCCCUGGCCCAGACCCAGUCUCUCUCCCUGGCCCAGACCCAGUCUCUCUCACCAGCCCAGACCCAGUCUCUCUCCCCGGCCCUAGCCUGGCCUGGAGGCAUCUCCCCCACCUCUACCAGCAGCAGCAGCCCAACAGCCAUCUCAGCCUCAGUUGCCCCCGGUGUGACCUUCUCCAUCAUCUCUGCCUCUCCGCCUACCGACACCGGGAACAACAGGGUGUGGACCAUCAGUGAGGCAGUCAAGGUCCAGCCACUGGUCUUCAACACUGACAAUAAGGUUAAAGACUG